CGCUGGUUGGAUGACUUGACGGAUAUGACGACAACGGCGAGAUGGGCUAGAAAAAGACACAAAAGCUGGAUUCUGAAGAUGAGCCCCCUCUCUUGGUUAAGAUAUGGGCUUGUGAUUCAUGAUUUCUUGUCGGGGUUACGCAUCUUUCACGGUUGGAAUGAUCGCCGGUGAAGAAAUCGUUUGUUGCUUUCUUUUGGCUUCACAACCGUUCUACAUUUUCUGGGACUGGCGUUUCUUCUAUUUCUUUUUUUCCUGGACACGUCUUUUUAUCUUGAACAAUCCCAGUUGGUUUUUUCUUCAAUAUGGAGAGAAGAAGGCGUGCAGGAGAGCAUUAGACUACAAGGUCUUGAUCAAGUAGUGACUUGUUGGGUGCUUACCUGUUUAUUUAUUUUUUUGGGAUUACAUUGCUUUUUAUGUCCUUUAAUGGGAGGCAUGUGGGCUGUCUAGUU